AGAAGGAAUUAAUGAAUUUAGCUAGCGAUUUGUCUCAUAGCUGGCACAAUAUUGAGAAAGCAGCGGAAAAAGCUAGAAGGAAACGUUCACAGGUAGACAUAGAAUGCAAGGAAGCACCAAAUCAUCUCACAGAACUAAUGAACCAAUUGAGAAGAGCUUCAGCAGAGGAACUUAAAGCUUUGCAUGAAACCAUGGUAUCACUGAUGAACAGAGAUUCUACUUUACAAGAGACAUUGGACUUUGGUACAGCAUAUAAUGACUUGUUCUAUAUACUGGAUCUUGUGGCGCAAAAGAGGAUGGCAAGACAUGUGACACUAAGUUUACCUGAAAUGUCUAUCCUCGCAGACGAUCCUCGUUUAGAGCAUCUCAUUGGCAUGCACUCAGAUGAAACACGUGAAUCUGAAAGUUCCAACAAAUUCUCAAAUACCUGUGAGUGGAAUCAACAUAUGGAUGCUUUACUGUCUAAUAAUGAUCAACUGGUUCAAUCAUUAAGAGACCUCAUUGCUGUAUGGUGGCAACAACCAUUUGAGACAGGUGUUCCAGAAGAUAUGGUUGUGAAUGGAAAGAACAUAUUGCAGCAUACAGCACACUGGGAUCGUGUAACAGCUUUCGUGGAAAGAAAGCAAAUGAAGGAAUAAGUUGUGGGGAAAUCAUAUUUGAAAAUUAGGAUUUACAAAUUUUUAUAGAUAACAUCAUAUUGUUUUAAUACUUAACAAAAGCUAUGUUGCUCUGUUAACUUGCAAGAACCUGGUUGAGUUAUAGCUUUUUAUACGUUUAUCUGUGCAAUAUGUAAAUUAAAAUAAACUUUCUUCAUUAUACUACUA